UGAAGUUUAUCCUCCAGAGCUAUGGUUUGGGGCUGCUAAAAAGAAAAACAAAUACGGGAAAGUUCCUGGAGGUUCUCUGAACAUGGCCAGAUACUUCAUUUUGUAUUUCAUCCUGUUGACUCCUCUGAUCCAUGAAAGCCACACCUGUUUUUGUGACAAGUACCCGUGGACUUCAUGGUCAAGUUGUUCUAAAACCUGCAAUACUGGAACCCAGAGCAGACACAGACAAAUAGUAGUAGAUGAACACUAUCUGAACAAUUUUUGUGAACAACUUUGCACCAAACAUGAGACCAGACAAUGUAACUGGCAAACUUGUCCUAUCAAUUGCCUCCUGGGAGAUUAUGGACCUUGGUCCCAUUGUGACCCUUGUGUUGAAAAACAGUUUAAAGUCAGAUCCAUUUUGCGCCCCAGUCAGUUUGGAGGACAGCCAUGCACCGAGCCCCUGAUGACCUUUCAACCAUGCAUUCCUUCUAAGCUCUGCAAAAUUGAAGAGGUCGACUGCAAGAAUAAAUUCCGCUGUGACAGUGGCCGCUGCAUUGCCAAUAAGUUAGAGUGCAAUGGAGAAAAUGACUGUGGAGACAAUUCCGAUGAAAGGAACUGUAGAAGACCUAAAACAGUGUGCCCUCGGACAUACAUUCCCAUCCCUGAUGCACACUUGAUGGGCUCUGGAUUUCAUUAUCUGGCAGGAGAGCUCAGAGGAGAAGUCCUUGAUAAUUCUUUCACUGGAGGAACAUGUAAAACUGUCAAAAGUAGGAGAGCAAGUAAUCCAUAUCGUGUUCCUAUGAAUCUGGAAAAUGUCCACUUCGAGGUACAAACAGUAGAAGAUGAUUUGGAAACAUAUUUCUACAACGAUUUAAUUCCUCUUGAAAAGAAUGAAAACCAUCAGACUUCAGGUUCAUUACAACAGAGUGAAUCUUCUAGAAUACCUAUUUUGUAUUCCUUGAAGAAAAGUAAAAGCACUUCCCAUCAGUAUGGGAUCAAACAAGCCAUUAAAGCCUCUCACAAAAAGGAUUCUAGUUUUAUUAGGAUCCAUAAAGUGAUAAAAGUCUCAAAUUUCACCAUGAAAACUAGAGAUCUGCAGCUCUCUGAUGUCUUUAUGAAAGCACUUAACCACCUGCCUCUAGAAUACAACUCUGCCUUAUAUAGCCGGAUAUUUGAUGACUUUGGGACUCACUAUUUCACUUCUGGCUCUCUGGGAGGGGUGUAUGACCUCCUCUAUCAGUAUAGCAGAGAGGAGCUGAAGAACUCAGGUUUAACAGAGGAAGAAGCCCAAACUUGCGUCCGUACUGAAAAGACGAGACGUAUUCUUUUUUUUAAGAGAAGAGAGGUGCAACACCACUGCACUAAUAACAAGAUGUCAGAGAAACAUGAAGGUUCAUUUUUGCAGGCAGCAGAGAAGUCCAUAUCCUUGGUUCAAGGUGGCAGGAGUGAGUUCGCUGCAGCUUUGGCGUGGGAGAAAGGGAACUCGGGUCCAGAGGACAAGGUGUUUUCUGAGUGGUUAGAAUCAGUGAAGGAAAAUCCUGCUGUGAUUGACUUUGAGCUUGCUCCCAUCACAGACUUGGUCAGAAACAUUCCCUGUGCGGUGACCAGACGGAACAACCUCAGGAAAGCGUUUCAAGAAUAUGCCGCUAAGUUUGACCCUUGCCAGUGUGCUCCAUGUCCUAACAAUGGCCGCCCUACCCUCUCAGGGACUGAGUGCACAUGUGUGUGUCAGAGUGGCACCUAUGGUGACAACUGUGAAAGACGCUCUCCGGAUUAUAAAUCCAAUGCAGUUGAUGGGAACUGGAGCUGCUGGGCGUCCUGGAGCACAUGCGAUGCUACAUAUAAGAGAUCCAGAACCCGAGAAUGCAACAACCCUAGCCCUCAACAAGGAGGAAAGCUCUGUGAGGGGAAGUCCCAUGAAGAGGAGGACUGCACAUUCUCAAUAAUGGAGAACAAUGGACAACCCUGUAUCAAUGAUGACGAAGAAAUGAAAGAAGUAGACCUUCCUGAGAUUGAAGCAGAUUCAGGGUGUUCUCAGCCUGUUCCUCCAGAAAAUGGAUUUAUCCGGAAUGGAAAGAGAUUGUACGCAGUUGGGGAAGAACUUGAAAUUGUCUGCCAAUCUGGAUUCAAAACUGUUGGAUACCAGUACUUCAGAUGCUUACCAAACGGGAGUUGGAGGCAAGGAGAUGUGGAAUGUCAACGGACUGAGUGCCUCAAGCCAGUUCUACAAGAAGGUUUAACAGUCUCACCACUUCAGAGAUUAUAUAGAAUUGGUGAAUCCAUUGAGUUAACAUGUCCCAGAGGCUUUGCUGUUUCUGGACCAUCUAGAUAUACAUGUAGUGGAGAUUCCUGGACACCACCCAUUUCAGACUUGCUCACGUGUGAAAAAGACUUUCUGACAAAAUUAAAAGGCCAUUGUCAACCAGGACAAAAACAGUUAGAAUCUGGAUGUACUUGCAUGUCUCCAGAAGAAGACUGCAACCAGUAUUCAGAAGACCUCUGUGUGCUUGAUAAAGACUCUAACCAUUACUUUACCUCAACUGUUUGUAAGUUUUUGGCUCAGAAAUGUUUAAAUAAUCAGCAACUUUAUUUUCUACACGUUGGUUCCUGCCAAGAUGGUCCAGCAUUAGAUUGGGGCUUGGAAAGGGCAAACCUUUCAUCCAAUAGUGCAAAGAAAGAAUCUUGUGGCUAUGACACCUGCUAUGACUGGGAAAACUGUUCAGCCUCCUCUUCCAAAUGUAUCUGCCUAUUGCCCUCCCAGUGUCUGAAAGGUGGAGACCAACUCUACUGCGUCAAAAUGGGGUCAUCAAUGACUAAGAAAACAUUAAACAUCUGUGAAGUAGGAGCUGUGAGAUGUGCCAAGCGGAAAAUAGAAAUACUGCAUCUUGGGAGGUGUUUGACCUAACACAAUUACUGAUAAACCUAUUUACAUUUAAACAUAAUUCCUACAAAAAACAAUCUAGCAUACUAAUGGUAGAUUAGCAUGCCUAGAAGCUACUGACAAAACUUGCU